GGCUUUGUUAUGUUCAAAGUUUUGGGAAGAGCUAGUAAACCAAAAACAUUACAGAGGUCUGUGCACUUUAGGGUUUUCAUGUUUUAUUUACAACACACAGAAGAUGGCUGUACUACUCCGACUGCAUGGUAUUCAUUUGAUGGUCUUCCUAAUUUGCUGUCAUUCCAUCCGUGCAUCAGACCAAUGCGAUGAGGAAGUGGCAAGGCUGAGGGAACGGGAAAAGCUUCUGAAAAGUCAACUUCAAAAACAAGACCUCCUCCUACAAAGACUAAGACUUUUUAACCAAGCUAAAAACGAGGCAAAUACAAAAGUCGUCAAGAUCCUCGAAACAAACCACAAAGACUGUUCCCAACUCUACAUUUCUGGCUCAAAAGUCAGUGGUUUCUACAACAUCCAACCCCAUGUCUCCAUUAAUCCAAUUAGAGUGUACUGUGAUAUGAGUGACGGAGGUGGUUGGACUGUUAUGCAAAGAAGGGUCAAUGGAGCAGAAACAUUUAACAGAUCAUGGGUGGAUUAUAAGAAUGGAUUUGGAAACAUGGUUUCAGACCUUGGAGAAUUUUGGCUUGGGAAUCAGAACCUGCAUUCUAUCACUGCACAAGGCAAUUACACACUAAGGAUUUAUCUGGAAGACUUUGAUGGUAACCAACGCUAUGCUGACUACAACAACUUCAAAGUUGCAGAUGAAAAGGAUCACUACAGACUGACUUUCGGUGCAUAUACUGGAACAGCAGGAGAUGCUCUUUCUGGGAAUUACGAGGCUGGUGUGUCAGACUGGGCCAGUCAUCAGGGCGCGCCAUUCAGCACAUAUGACAAGGAUAAUGACAAGUACGAAGGAAAUUGUGCAGAGGAAGAUAAAGGCGGCUGGUGGUUCAACAAGUGCCACUCAGCCCAUCUCAAUGGCAGGUACUACGCAUAUGGGUACUACAGUGCAGUGACAGAUGAUGGUGUGGUGUGGUACACUUGGAGAGGAUGGUGGUAUUCCCUGAAAACCAGCAUCAUGAAACUUCGACCUGAUAACUUCAAAAUUGACCCUUUGGAUGACCCCAAUGUUGUUCGCAGAGAUCCCGCAACUUAAGUCAAACCAUAGACUUCAUAAUGUAUUGAUGGGACACGGGGCCGAUAAAUAGGGGGCCUGGAUUGUUGGCAAGGCCGUCAAAGCUGACCGAGUGGAAUCACAAAUAAAAUUCUUGUGAAUAAAAUGUUUAAAUCCCCGAAUUCUUUAUAGAUAUGGACGUAAAACAGUCUGGAUUCUUGGUGAAAACCAAAACAAAAAACAAAAAAAAUGUGCAGUUAGCAUUUAUUUUACGUAAAUAUGUCAAAGUACAAUGCUAGUUUGUUUGUAAAUGUAGCUAGCGGCCGCCUGAUGUAAACAGAGCUUUUCCAGUGAAAAUUCUUGUGAAUAAAUGCUUGGAUUCCCAAAUUCUUUAUAGAUAUGGACAAAAAAACAGUCUCGAUUCUUGGUUAUAAGAAAAAUAAAAAACGGGCAGUUAGCAUUUAUUUUACGUAAAUAUGUUGAAGUACAAUGCUUGUCCGUUUGUAAAUGUAGCUAGCGGCCGCCUGAUCUGAACAGAGCUUUUCCGGUGAAAAUUAUAGUGAAUAAAUGCUUAAAUCCCUGAAUUCUUAAGAGAUAUGAACGUAAAACAGUCUCGAUUCUUGGUUAAAAGAAACAAAAAAAACAUGCAGUUAGUGUUUAUUUUACGCAUAUAUUGCAAACUAUGAUGCCAAUGCGGUAUCGGAUCAUUUCUCCCGUUGAUUUUUUUCACAACGUUUCAGAAUGCAUGCAUGGUACGAAAAAUAUAUUAAUUACCUUGAAUCCUCGAACAAAUCACUUCUGAGACAAUCCUUCCUGUUUGUAUGCGGUACAGCUUUCGUACUUUUUCAACAGAAAUCCGGCGUUAGAUCGCUGUGUGCCUAUGUUUGUGAAUAGCUCCUCCUUAUGUGGUCGGCCCCUUACUUGAAUGAGAGGCGCAGUGCAUGACCGAUCUGACCCGUCAAUACAUUAUGAAGUCUAUGGUCAAACUUUGGUGGAUUAAACCACAGCAGUGCAUUGCAAUACAAGUUUAAUUUGGUCCAUCAUCGUAUUGUAAAACACUUGUAUCUCAAACAAUCUUUUUUAAUUGAAAUGAACGAAAAUUACAAGAAUCUCUUACAGACUUCCAUUUGUAAUCGAAUAACCUUUGCUUAAAUGUUUAUAGCCCAUUGACAACUGUGCUAUUUGCUAGCUUCUCUAUGCGUUUUUGCAUUGUUAGUUAGCAUUAGGCUAAUUGGCUGUCUUAUGAAAACAUUAUUUGAUUGCUAAAAAGCGUAAAAUAUGAGGCGUUCACUGCCACCACUCAGUGCUUCGGUCUUUUUUGGGAGGUUUUCCCCCACACUGUCAAUAUGCACAAACCAUUUCAAAAUUCUAAACCAGACAUGUCCAAAGUGCGGCCCGGGGGCCAAAUGCGGCCCGUGGUCAAAUUUCAUCCGGCCCCCAGCCUCUGUCAUAGAUCAAUAACGUCUGGCCCGCACACAGACUUAUUAAAUUGGUCAUCAGUACUACUACCAGCAUAUGAUGUAUCUUACACACUAAAUUUACCCACUAAAAGGCAGCAGCACUCUAAGCAAUGUUACCCCGUGUGACACUUGACUUCCAAUUUUCUAAAAUGGCAACAAUCAACAACAACAACAAAAAAGUUGACUGCGACAGCCGACGCUUCAUGGAUAGGUGGAAAUUGGACUAUUUCUUCACUAAAAUACCCACAACUGUGUCUGCCUCAUUUACAAAGAGACAGUCGCUGUUUUUAAAGAGUUCAAUGUGAGGCGAUAUUACCAAACAAGACACGCUGACAUGUACCACAAGAUUACAGGGAAGAUACGCAUUGAGAAAUUGAAGCAACUUGAAGCUAGUUUAAUUUCACAGCAGCAAGAUACCGACAGUCGAACGCCACAAAGGCUAGUUGCGAGAUUGUUGAAAUUAUUAAUUAAAAAUAAUAAUAAUAAAGCAAAUGUGACACACAGAAUGGCUUGCUAAAAUUUGCUUAGAUAUAUUGUUCUACGUAAAGGACGUCAGCCAAGGUCGGCCCCACACAUUUUUACCACACCAAAUGUGGCCCCCUUUGCAAAAAGUUUGGACACCCCUGUUCUAAACAUUUAUUAAUCAUUCUAUGAAAAUGAAUUCAUAUGUUCAAAAUGUCACCUAAUGCAAGACCAGCCUAUACAUUUUUGCAACUUCAAUAAAAUCAACAACACACAACCGCAUAAAACAUACAGUAUAAAGCAUAAAAUACUUUCAGGAUAAAUGAGCUAUACACAAACGUGUGAUCUUUUUAUGUAUACAGUACAUUAUAGCAGGAUUUAGCAAUAAAACAUACCAUAUGACCAUUGCCUCUUCGUGCUAUUUAUAACUUCAACCAAGUGGGGGCCAAAUUG